AUGGAUCAUCUCAAAGCUGCACUCAACCGCAAGCACCCUUUCGAGACGGGCAUAACCCUACCGCUGUCUCUCGAAGCAGCUAUUGAAACCCAACUUUCUUUGACUCCCGAUGAGAUCAUCCGGCGUCGGAAGCUCACCAUGAAAGCAAUCAAGAAGCGAGCGGUAGCAUUGGAGUCAGCAACUACUACCUCGCAGGCCCCCAUUCACUCCGACGUCGCAAAGAUCGCCGGCAACCUGAAUUUGGACCUCCUGGAGGAACUCAUAGAUUUGACGGAUUACCCAGACAGAGCUCUAGUCGAAGACCUCCGCAAUGGCAUGCCGGUAGUCGGUCACAUGACGGUGGCACCCGGGGUAUUCGCACCCCCUCGCCCCCCGACGGAUUCGGAUGGCAAAGAAAAGGUCAUCUCUCUCGAUGAGUUGCACCGCAGAGCAAGAUCCGCCCGAGCCAGUAUCAUCAACUCCAUUUGCGAGGAAGGCUUCAAAGCGGAGGUUUGGGAAGGCACCCUUCAAGAAGUGGAGAAAGGACACUUGGAAGGUCCCUUACAGCUGACCGCUAUCGAAUCGUCCUUCGAAAACCCGGUCAUUGUUAGACGCUUUCCUGUCCACCAAAGUGAUAAAACUCGCCUUUGCGAUGAUUAUAAACGGAGCACAAAUUUAAACAAAUUUGGCGACGUCCUUUGGGCAGCGCGUAACCCUACCCACCCACCAGACCCUGAUCGGUGCAUGGAGACGUCUGAGCAGGGCUGCCGACGGCUGCAAUUUCCAGAUCUUCAAGGGUGA